AUGGAACCAGUCCAAGAAGGGGAGGAUACACAAUUUGCUGAGGUGUGCUACAUGAGCAAUGGGCAAGGAGGUUACAACAAAGGAUACUAUAAUUACAAGUCCAACCCAGCCAUGUCAUACCGAAACACUGAUGUUGCUAACCCUCAGGACCAGGUCUAUCCUCAACAACAGCAAGCUCGAUCGAGUCAAGCCCCACAACAUGGGUAUGGUCCAAAGAACAACUACCAAGGACCCCAAGGGACUUUUCCUGGGCAAGCUGAUGGUGUAGUGGACACAAGCAAGAAGCUAGCUGAAAUCAACUCCAAGAUUGAGAAUCUCAACACAAGAGUUUACUCUCUGGAGAAUCAUGCUUCUUCUGUUGCUGCUGCUACAAAGCAAGGACAACUACCUGGUAAAGCCAUUCAGAACCCCAAGGAACAGUGCAAGGCUCCUGGAGUCCAGAUUGAUCAACCAGAAGUGCAACCUACUGUGGCCUUCACACUUCACCAGUUGAGCUCGCACAGACAAGCUCGAUCGGCAGCUCGAUCGAGUCGAACUCUAGCUCGAUCGAGUCCGACUUCAUCAGUCCUCAAGCCGAUUUUGCUUGAUCCUUACCAGCCAGUUGAUACAUCAUCAGGCCGCCUACUCAGUCAAGCCACAAGGAAGUGA